AUGGCAGCCGGGGCGACGGAAGAUGUGGAGCUCGCCAUCUUGGCCUUGCCCAAGAAGUCGUUCCACUGCGCCGCCUGUCUUUGCCCCCUCAAGCCUCCAGUAUUCAGGUGCGAGAACGAGCAUUUCGUGUGCCAGGCCUGCGGCGGCAACAGUGUCGACGGCGGCGGCGCGAACAAGCACUGCGGUCCAUGCGGGCGCGAGGUAUCCUACACCCGCUCCCGCUUCAUGGACGGCGUGGUCGACGCCUACAAGGUGCCGUGCCUCUACAAGGGACACGGCUGCGCCAUGGACGACAUCCCCUACCACUCGGCCGCCGACCACAAGGCCAGCUGCAAGCACGCGCCCUGCUACUGCUUCGACUGCCGCUUCGUGGGCUCGCCGGCCAAGCUCGUGCGCCACCUCGCGUCGCCGUCCGGCGCGCACGCGUGGCCCGUGGAGAAGAUCAAGGGCAACGCCGACGCGGACGCGGACGCCAAGCCUCUGUGCACGGGCGUGCUCUGGGUGGACGGCCCUCCGGCGCCCCCGCGCCAGCCGCUGGGGUGCAGCUUCAGGCUGAAGGCGACGGUGGCGAGCUGCUCCGUCCCCGGCGUCGUGGACAUGGACCAGGGCUGGCUCCACGCCCAUGUCAGCCCCAACAUGCUGCACGGCCACGGAGGAGAGUCCGGCGACUGCGAGCUUCAUCUGCGCCUUUGUCUCACUAAGCUAGCGUGA